ACAUUUUAUAAAUAAAUAGUUGUCUGACUUCCCUUCCAUUUCUUUCUAGACAAGGAUCAACAAUGGCCAGAGUCCCAGAAUGUCAGGAGGAGAUGAUGGAGUUCUGCAGCAUGAAUGAGGAGAUGCCAUUCUAUGAAGACCAGCUUUGCUUGGCAAAGAAUGCCGCCCAAAUUCUGAGACAGUGUGCUUCCUGCUCCCAAGUUCACUGUGCCUGUGAGAUGGACAUUCAGGUGACGAUCACCAAGAGGGUCCCAACCAAGGGCUUCCGGAAAACUGUGGUGAUUGUGGUUGCUGUUGAGAAGAUGAGGAUGAAGGGGAAAGCCAAGGCGUUCACGGAUGAUGAUUUGCUGAACAUCGUAAACACCAUCUUAGAGCCUGUGCCUUUUGACAAAUCUGAAUUCACUUAUGCAGCAGAUUCCGUUUACCGCUACACCCGAGCCGUCUCCUAUGAUAUCCAAGAUAUUAAGCAGAAGUCACUUGUCCUCAAUGAGCCUGCACAACUGGUGGCUGUCUACCUCCAAGGCUCUAACAUUAAUCAUGCAGUGAAGCUAAAAAUGGCUGUAUAUCGUCCGAAAGGCACUGUAAAGAAUCCGAUUGCACUGGGAAUCAAAGGGAGCAACCUCUGCUUGUCCUGUGUGCCGAAAGAGGGAGCAGAAGGGCAGCCAGAGCUACAGUUGGAGGAAGCAGACAUCCUUCGGCACAUUGACAGAACCAAGCUGGGCCGCUUCAUCUUCAACAGGAUCGAUGGCGAGAACACCACAAGGUUUGAAUCAGCAGCCUUCCCUGGUUGGUUCAUCUGCACCUCCACCCAGCCCAACGAAGCUGUUGGUAUGACUAACCAGCCUGGGCAAGUCGCAAUCGUAGAUUAUGCUCUCACAAACCAAAAGAAUCUGGUUUAA